CCGAAUGCAUGUCGCCUAAAGUAUGUAGCCUAUAUUGUGACCCUUCUCUUUAGUCACUUGCUUUCUAGCAAGACAUGAUGCCAUGACGCAUGAGCUGACAGUGGCUCUGCAGACAGGGCGGAGUUAAGCGGUGUCUCGUAAGAUGACAGCCAAAAUUGCUCCUGGCACAUGGAUGCUACUGAAAAACAAGGAUGUCCCCCAACAAAUUGGUGGUGUGGACUGUGGAGUCCUCAUGUUGAUGUAUGCUCUACAUCUUGUUUUGGGAGCACCCUUUGAUUUUACAUCUUGUGACAUUCCAAACAUACGGAUAUGGUGGAAUCUUAUUCUUCUGGAGAACUUUGGGGAUUUCUCUGAAAGCAGAGAAACCCUUCAAGAGGCCCUACCAAGUGGAGAACAAGCUACAUUUAGCAGCAGUGAGGAGCUCCCAGUAAUCCGACACAUGACAGAAGCUGUGAAAUGGCUCUAUUCCAACAGACAUCUGCUCAGGGGCCCAGUGGAAGAGCCUCUGUUCCUUACAAUGGAUGAAGAGGACAAGGAAAAGGCCCUCAACAAUCUUCCAAAGAGCACCUUCACAUUUCAUUUUGUGUUCAGGGAUGACAUGGAUUUAUUUUUGCAGGAAUGUCAUGACAAAAUGGGCAUGACAAUUUUUUUUUUAUUUUUUAUAAUAAUAUCUUGUAGUUAUAUUUUUAUUGAAAUGUUUUAGUUUUCAUAUAAUUUAAUUUUUAAUUUUAUUUUUUUAUUUAUCACACAUUAUACAUUUGAACAUAUACAGUGAAAUUCUUUUUUUUUCACAUAUCCCAGCCAAGCUGGGGUCAGAGUGCAGGGUCAGCCAUGAUACAGUGCCCCUGGAGCAGAUAGGGUCAAGGGUCUUGCUCAAGGGCCCAACAGUGGCAUCUUGGCAGUGCUAGGGCUUGAACCCCUGAUCUUCUGUUCAGUAACCCAGAGCCUUAACCCCUGAGCCACCACUGCCCCAAUAUAGAAAAGUGCAUGCUGCACAAGUUCUUGGCUUUAUAAUAAACAUUUUUUUUUGAAUGUUGAGAUUAAAGUAUAUUUCAUAUUAAAUGCCCAAGUUUCUUUAAGCAUUAUUUCUAACAUCACGAACAGGAAAUAAUACUCACAUAAUACAAUGAAACGGAUAACAUUAUACAAUAAUACUACACAAGAUUGUUUUAAAAUGCUUAUUGUACUGUACCUUACUGUAUCAUUAUAACUUAUACAUGGACGAACUGAAAAGUGGCCUUAUUUAAAAGUAUGACGUUUUGCAUAUAAUAAAAAAAAUUAUGCUCCAAAACCAUAGGUGGCGCGACUCCGUUAAGAACGUAUGCUCCGCCCCUCACUUCCGUUCUGUGGCUACGGUUCUGGCACUGCUGCCGGUCUGCAGCUGGAUAUUUCUCGGUUUUUGAGACAGUGUGCUAAUUUAAAUACCGUUUAUUAAUACGUUUCGAGGGCCAUGCAUUCUGUACCAUUCAGCUGCGGCCCGACUGUUUUUGAACUCCAGAACGCGGUCUGUAUGCACCAAGAAGUCAGGUACACAUAACAAACCCAUUUGUUAAUAUCUGUGAGCAGAAUUCAGUAUUAAUGAGGGGGGGAUACUUGUUUGCAGUAAGGUGAACUAAAUGAAAGAUAACCCAAAAAGCAAAUAAAAAAAAUAAAGUUACGCUUGCUCUACAGGAAAAGCAACAACUGAGCGGUCAGGACCAAUAACAAACACUUGCGUGAACAUUACAAAGCAAGAAUGCAUGCAAUUAAAAUGUUCUUAAUUUUAUUACCCUCUUGUUCACAGUGUUGGUCCGAUAUUUCUUUAAAAACGAAAAAACAAACAAACACCAAAAUAUCUUACUAACCGGGUUUACGCUUUCAUACCUCUCUGUCAACUGAAGCAAAUUUAAACUUUAAGGGGGAGGUUCCAAGAUGGCUCCUUGAUUGCACGCGUUUUGAUAAGCUCUGCAUUCCCAAAUACAUAAAUUGGUUUACAACGUUGUUGCAAAAAGACUGUGAAAGAUAGCUUACUCUAAUAAUACAGUGAUUCGUCGGAGACAACGAUGGGUGGAUCUGAAAAAAGGAAAAGUGCGGAAAAGAAGGCUGGAAAGUCCGACCAAAGUGUUAAUGUUAACACUGCUAGCAAAACUAGCAGCAGCACGCAGGUGGCUGAAACUUUUAUGAAAGUCCCUUCCAGUGAUCUGAUUACAGACA